CGCAACAAAGUUAAUAAUGGGCGUUGCCAGCACCAAUCAUUGCUUUGCGCUUGCCUUUUCUAAAUCUAUCAUGAACAAGGCAGCCUUCGGCCACUGCUUACAGGCUAUUUAGCAAGCCUUGUCAUGUCUGUGACCAGGAAGAGAGCUCUGGCAGCAGAAGGAGAUGGAGAGAGCAGCAAGGACUCUAAAGAGAAGGAGAAGAAGUCGGUGAGGCCUCCGAAGCCUGCUCCCAAGAAGAGGAGAAUGAUUGAUCCCUCGGACUCACAGAAGACAACAGCAGUGUCUUCAGGUCCUAGUAAAGGCAAGAGGCAGGCCUGGACUACAGCCGCCAUUGAUGCAUUUUAUGAGGGCCUCCUGCAGCAUGGCAAGGACUUUGUGAAGAUCCUCAAAUACAUGCAGAGCAAACAAAAGAAACUCAACGACCCUACCAUGGCCAACCUUACCAAAAAUCAGGUGCGGUUCUUCUAUUAUCGUAACUGGCACAAAGUAGAGCCACUCCUCAUCCAUCCCCAGUCCUCAGAGCCCAAGAAAGCUGGCAGUGGUGCCAAGGGAAUAAGCUCCACCCCUCAAACUCCCCUGAGUGACUUCAACGAGGACUCGGUACUGGACGACCCUCACAGCACGGAGGGUACAGAAGUUAAAGGUGACACUGAAGAAUGCAAAGGUGACACUGAGAGUGCAGAGGUCGCAGAGGGAUAUUUAGACUCGUCUAUGGAAGAGAUGGAUCCAGCAUCACCUGUUUUCAAUGGCAGUGGAGGCAAUCAAGAGCAAGAAGUGAAGAGUUGUCCGUCCCCUGAAGAGAAAGUAUCAGUCAAAGAUCAAGUGCAGGCCAGCCCCACCUCACUGCAAACUGACAAGAGUGAGGGGAAGGUGAAGGACACUGUGAUGGUGAACGGGACCAAGCAGAGUCUGGAUCUGGUGGCUCUGGUCUGUUACAACAAGCUCAGGAAGAAGAAUCUUGGAGACCACGGCAUCAGCAAGAGGCUCUCAGAGCUCGUCUUUCAUGGUGUGACAAGUGUGCCUGGUAGAGUCAAAGGGAAAAGAAAAGCUCAAAUACGUACCCCAAACUGUGGUGCAUUUCGUGGUCCUCCUCGCAAACCUGUCAGUGAAGAUCAGCCGGGGGAGGGGGAGACCACACCCACUGUUACCAUUAGCAACACCCCCCCUGAAAGCAGUGCAUUGACAAGUACUGGGCCCAUACCGGUUGAUAACAGACUGUGUGUGGUUGAACUACGACCUUUGACCUCCUCAACAUGGCUCCAUGUGCAGGCUCUAUCGCAUAACCCUAGAAUAAGGCUCCAUCUGAAAGGCUCUGAUACUCUGCUCUCACUGAGGGACUAUCUCACUCUGAGGUGGAGCCUCGACAAAAACUCUCUCAAUUUUUACAAUACCCAAACCCUCGAUUCAUCACUUACGUCAAAUUAUCGAACCAUCUCCUCACAACUAUCACAUGAUUCACACACAUUGAACGUCACAGCUAGUCUACCACCCACACCACAAGUUGAUGAUCACAGAGACUGUCUACCAGCUACACAAGGUUCGGAGGUCACCGCCGGAUCAAAUGUCAAAGCCUCAGGGUCACUGCUAAGUUCAGAGGUCAACAAAUUGGAAAAUGCCGAUGCAACGUUGAAACCAGAGAGAUCAAAAGCCAUCACCGAAGUAGAUCCAUGUAGAGACAAGGGACAAGUGUGCUCAGUGGAUGACCGUAAGCAGUUGGGCACAGAGGAGAGCAGUGGUGUGAGGAGUGGUGUGAUAGGCUCUACGGUGAAGCUGGCUUCAACUUGGAAGGAGUUGACUGUUGAGGGCAACUCAAAGCCUAUUCAGCUCAGCUAUGAGAUACAAAAGACCGCGGAGAGUCCCGACCGAUUGUGUGCUGCUUUAAAACUGGUCCAGUUCUUCCUCAAAAAGUCACCAGAGUCUUCAUGCCAACUUACUCCUGUCAAGAGGCUGCCCCCCCUUGCCAUACACCGGAGUCCGAAGGUCAUGGAGUACAUCCAAAGCCUCAGACAGUCCCCUCACAAGUCCCCCCUCUCAAAGUAUCGGCAUCUCAAAACAAAAUCUCCUUUCAAGCAGACCACGCCCAGUCGAGUAAUCAAGCGUGUCCACCUCUCAUUUGAUACCACAGACACUACUGCCAACUCUCCAGCCACAGCCACUUCAUCCUGUAGUACUUCGUCUCCUAAAGUGUUGACUUUAAAGGUUGGGAACAAGACGUCCACAACUCAGGUGGUCCAGCUCUCCUCUCCUCAGUCUAUCGGUUCCUUUGCUAACUUCAAGCUCCAGUCCCUCCUACCCAAACCAUCACCUGUUCCCUCUCCAUCAACCACUCCUUGCUUGACUCCACCCACAGGAGAUGCCGUGUCCAGUGGGUGUGUUCUGAGCUCUCCAGCUGUGCCUCUGAUUGCAGCCACUUCUCUCCCACCUGGUGUUCACAGGAUACAACCUCGAGUUGCCCCCUCCACUCCUGUCACAGCAUCACCGUUUGUCACGCUACCCAACGUGCCUCUUGUUCCCAAGGCGGCACAAUCAGAUGGGAGAGAGUCACAGCCAGUGGUCUCCAUAAUGUCUGCACUCAAACCAUUUAAAAAACCUAAGAGGAUUAGGAAAUCAGCAACCAAGUCUGGACAGCCUCACCAGCUUGUACCGAGACCACUCCCCUUCCUGCGAAAUGGGAAGUCUCUGAAUGGACCAUCCACUACUUCCCCUGCAACCACGUCAACACAGGUGUCCACUCCAGUGACCUCCUCCCCCCUCACGUCUCCACUCACCAUAGCAACACAACACUCCUCCCCCAGGAAAACAACAGCCACGCUCAUUCAAAACCAACAGAUCAUGUUGCAACUUCUCCAGUCUUACAUGCUACAGCAGCAGAGGGUGCAGCUUGCACAACAAGCAUCAAACCAUCAACUACCAACAUCUCAAACUACUACAGCUAAACAGCCAGCGAUAACCACUCAAGCCAGCAGCAGUAGCCAUCAGAACAAAGAGAUGGAUGAGAGAGACCUACACACCUCUGUACUGGAUAACUUCCUAACGGAGGGCGGUGACAAAUCAACUGGCGUUUCAAACAUGUUCUAUACUUCAUCAGACACAGUCAAUAAGCUGCUCCAAGGUCUCAGCUCAGUCAAACCUAGUGAGUCUAUUCAGAAGCUCUCCGAGGAAACAGCUGAUGUCCUGCCAACCUUUGCUAAAGCACUGGGCAACUCUUUCCUCACAUCAGCUGGUCCCAGCCAGGAGUCACCACCUAAUGAGCACCCUGGGGAUAAUGAAGGAGAUGGCACAGAGCAUAAAGAUGACCAGGCUGGUACUAGAGACGUGGUGCCCAACUCCUCCCCAGAGGACAGCCAGCUGCCGUUCCUCAACGAUAUGUCCAGCACCUCCUUCACAGACAUUCUGGGUACACUCACUGAUUCAAAUUUCAAGCAGGUGGCUGACAAUGGAGACGUGUUUGAGCACAUUGACUUCACUGAUAUGUUCACUCAACUCAAGGACGUGAUGACCCCGGAAAAAUCAAAGAAUAUGGACAAAGGAGAAGACAGUCAGUCAUCAAUUGGCAAUCUAUUGGAUUAUGUGAACUGUCAGUCAGAGAGGAGGAGGACACCUCCCUACAAUGCCCCUGUGGAGCCAGCUUGCAGAUCGUUCCUGGAGGAGACCAGUGUGGACUUUAUACAGAAGUUCAAAGAGUUAGCCUCCACCAUGGAAGGUCAAUCCUCUAGUAGCUGAUGAACUCUCUCCAACAUUCACAUCUUGUCAUAUUAACCUGGCUUUGAGUUAUUUUGUGUUCUAUUUAUCCCUCUGCCGUGUUUCAUUUCAUUCAGAUCAUUCUCUCAUUUACCCUCAGAAUACAAUUGAUUCGAUUAUACAUG